UGUGACGUCACCAGGCGCACUAUCAACAUUAAAGUGCGUCGAGUCGUGUUUUAGAGAGGCUCGACAAAUUUCAUCAUGCCUGAACGCGAAUCUGACGUUUACUCCAAUCCUCUGGCUCCGGACGGCCAUGAGGUGGAGGAUCAUCGGUCGGCCCUACAAUCCAAGCUGACCAAUGAUGACUUCAGGAAGCUUCUGAUGACCCCGAGAUCUACGCCGUCCUCCGCUCCACCCUCCAAAACACGCCACCAUGAGAUGCCACGGGAAUAUAAUGAAGAUGAGGAUCCUGCAGCUCGCAGACGUAAGAAAAAAAGUUACUACGCUAAACUGCGGCAGCAGGAGAUGGAGAGAGAGCGAGAGCUGGCGGAGAAGUACCGUGAUCGUGCUCGAGAAAGACGAGAUGGUGUUAAUAAAGACUACGAGGAGACGGAGCUCAUCAGCACCACAGCUAACUAUCGAGCCGUGGGACCCACUGCGGAGGCGGACAAAUCAGCCGCAGAGAAAAGGCGUCAGCUGAUCCAGGAGUCUAAGUUCUUGGGUGGUGAUAUGGAGCACACUCACUUGGUGAAAGGUUUGGAUUUCGCCCUGCUACAGAAGGUCAGAGCUGAAAUCACUAGCAAGGAGCGAGAAGAGGAGGACAUGAUUGAGAAAGUCCAGAAGGAAGUCAAGAAAGAUGAAGAUCCAGAGCAGAAGAUUGAGUUCAAGACUCGUCUGGGACGGAACAUCUAUCGUAUCGUGUUCAAGGGUCGUCAGAUGGAGCGUAACGAGCUCUUCCUGCCGGGCCGUAUGGCGUAUGUGGUGGACCUGGAAGACGAGUAUGCAGACACGGACAUCCCGACCACCCUCAUCCGCAGCAAAGCCGACUGCCCCACCAUGGAGGCUCAGACGACGCUCACCACCAAUGACAUAGUCAUCAGCAAACUGACGCAGAUCCUGUCGUACCUGAGGCAAGGCACACGCAACAAGAAACUCAAGAAGAAGGACAAAGGGCGUCUGGAUGAGAAGAAGGCACCAGAGGCCGACUUGAGCAUCUUUGACGACAUCGGUGACUACAUACCCUCCACCUCCAAGAGCACCAGAGACAAAGAGAAAGAGCGCUACCGUGAGCGAGAGAGGGAGAAAGAUCGAGAUCGAGAGCGGGAGAGGGAGAGGGAGAGGGAGAGAGAGAGAGAAAGAGAGCGAGAUCGUGAUGAGGAGAAAAGACGGCACAGCUACUUUGAGAAACCCCGAGCUGAUGACGAGGCCAUGGACAUUGAUAAAGGUCCGGGCUCUGUGAAAGACCAGAUCAAGCUAAUUAAUGAGAAGUUUGCUGGAGCCGCUCAUUUGCAAGGCCCGGAAGCUGGAAGCAGACGUGAGGAGAAAAAGCAUCUUGGAGAUUUCUUUGGGAUGUCAAACAGUUAUGCCGAGUGCUAUCCUGCCACAAUGGAUGAUCUGGCGGUGGACAGCGAUGAGGAGGUGGACUACAGCAAGAUGGACCAGGGUAAUAAGAAGGGUCCUUUGGGCCGCUGGGACUUUGACACUCAGGAGGAGUACAGCGACUACAUGAACAACAAGGAGGCGCUUCCCAAGGCUGCCUUCCAGUACGGCAUCAAAAUGUCUGAGGGCCGAAAGACUCGCCGCUUUAAAGAAACCAACGAGAAGGCUGAAUUAGACAGACAGUGGAAGAAAAUCAGCGCUAUCAUUGAGAAGAGAAAGAAGAUGGAGGCAGACGGGGUGGAUAUAAAGCGGCCCAAAUAUUAAAGCUUCAAGAAAUCCUUCCAUCUGCUUGUAUAUGAUGCACAUGUAUAAACAGUAAUUGAGUCGCCCAUUUGUGUUGUUUUUCUGAUUCUUUAUUAAUACAUUGUUAGAGAAAGGAUGUUAAAAAGAUGUUAUAUUAUUUCUCAUUUUUUCUGUUAAUGCCCAGUUUUUCAAAAGAGUGUUUCAGAAUUAGAUGCAAUUGUGACCACAGCUUGUAGAAACAAAAUUUAAGUGUUAAGUGUUAGCUUUAUUCCGAACAUUCAUGUGGACAAAGCUCCUUGGAAAUCUAAGGAUUCUGCUUUGUCCUUCUGGAAAUGAACGCGUCAUGUGACAUGAUCAAAUGCACAUGCUCAACUCUUAUUUAAACGCAUUUAUUCAUAAAUACAAAUGCAGUGUCAUGUAAUUCUGAGGUACAAUAAAGCAUAAAACACUC